GUCAAAGCUCUCUACGAGCCACAUGCAGUUCGUGGUUCAAAAGGAGUUUCUUCGGGAGGCUCCUUUCCCCCUGCGGGGCCCCCAGACUACAGGCGCGUGACCCCCCCGCACACGCAGCGGCACAUGCAGCAACACAUGGGACGCGAGAGGAAGUAGUUUUCUUUUAGUUUGCUUUUAGACAAACUCGCCUCCAAGCAGCUUCGCAGCGAUGCACUCCCAAAUAAAACACCUACUGCGCCCGAACCUCUGCGCCCCGGUGACGCUGCGCAGGAGCGUUUGCGCGGCGCGACAACGCGGCGCCGGACCCGCGGGACCGCGUGCGUCCUCCUCCUCCUCCUCCUCGUCCUCCGCGCGGCCCCGCAGGAGCUACGCAUCGGACGCGGCGUACGGCCGAGCCUUCGCCUCGGCGAGGGACCACCCCGAGACCUUCUGGGGGGACGCGGCGCGCGACGUCGACUGGUUCGAGCCGUGGCGCAACACGUUGCGCGCGCGGGAUCCGGCGUUUCCGAACUGGUUUGUUGGGGGGAAGUUGAACAUGUGCCACAACGCCGUGGAUCGCCACGUGGAAAGCGGCCGCGGAGAGCAGCCCGCCGUCAUCUACGACAGCCCAGUGACCGGGGUCAAACGGGUCAUCUCUUUCAGGGAGCUUCAGGACCAGGUGUCCAGGUUGGCAGGCGUCCUGGUGAAGAACGGUGUCCGGAAGGGAGACCUGGUGGUCAUCUACAUGCCCAUGGUGCCCGAGGCCAUGUUCGCCAUGCUGGCCUGCGCGCGGGUCGGCGCCCCUCACAGCCUCAUCUUCGGCGGCUUCGCUUCCAAAGAGCUCUCCGUCCGCAUCGAUCACGCCAAGCCCAAGAUGAUCGUGACCGCCUCGUUUGGCAUCGAGCCGGGCCGACAAGUGGCGUACAUCCCUCUGGUGGAGAAAGCCUUGGAGAUGAGCUCCCACAGGCCCUCCAAAGUCCUCAUCUACAACCGGCCCAACAUGGAGAAAGCGUCAAUGAGUCCGCAGCUGAGUCUGGACUGGGACGAGGAGAUGGCCACAGCUCGUCCUCACGACUGUGUCCCCGUCCCCUCCAACCACCCGCUCUACGUCCUCUACACGUCCGGAACCACUGGAACGCCAAAGGGUGUUGUGCGAGACACUGCGGGCUAUGCAGUGAUGCUGAAAUGGACCAUGUCGAAUAUUUAUGGACUCAGUCCCGGAGAUGUUUGGUGGGCAGCCUCCGAUCUCGGCUGGGUGGUCGGCCACUCGUACAUCUGCUACGGUCCUCUGCUCCAUGGUAACUCCACAAUUCUCUACGAGGGUAAGCCCGUCGGGACGCCGGACGCCGGGGCCUUCUUCCGCGUCCUGUCGGAACACGGGGCCUCCUCCAUGUUCACGGCCCCCACCGCCAUCCGCGCCAUCCGCCAGCAGGACCCCCACUGUGCACUCGGGAGAAAACACCCGCUCUCCAGGCUGCGCUCGUUGUUCCUGGCGGGCGAACGCUGUGACGUGGAGACGCUGGAGUGGGCGAAGAGCAGCUUCGGAGUUCCCGUCCUGGAUCACUGGUGGCAGACUGAAACCGGCUCAGCCAUCACCUCCUCGUGCAUCGGUCUGGGCAACUCGCUCACGCCACCUGCAGGUCAGGCUGGCAAACCUGUGCCAGGCUACGAUGUCAGAGUGAUCGACGAUGACAUGCGGGAGGUGCAGCCGAGGACGCUGGGAAAUAUCGUGGUGAGACCACCGUUGCCACCUGGUGCCGCGCUGUCGCUGUGGCAGAACCGUGAUCUGUUCAAGGAGCUCUACUUCACAAAGUUCCCCGGUUACUAUGACACCAUGGACGCGGGUUUCGUGGACGAGGAGGGUUUCCUUUACAUCAUGUCCCGGUCCGAUGAUGUCAUCAACGUGGCGGGCCACAGGCUGUCGGCUGGAGCGUUGGAAGAGUCAGUAAUGCAGCACCCUGCAAUCGGAGACUGUGCUGUGGUUGGUCUAGAGGACGCGCUGAAGGGUGUUGUUCCCUUGGCUCUGUGCGUGCUCAAGAACGGCGUGCAGAAAAAGCAGGAGGACAUCACGAAGGAGCUGGUGAAGCUCGUGAGGGACACCAUCGGGCCGGUGGCCGCCUUCAGAAAAGUGCUUUUUGUGCAAGCGCUGCCGAAAACGCGCUCCGGCAAGAUCCCUCGCUCCUCUUUGGCGAACCUCGUCAACGGCAAGCCGUACAAGAUCAGUCCAACCAUCGAGGACCCAGAAGUGUUCAAAGACAUUGAGACGCACGCGGAAAAAGCGCUGCGAUAUCGUGAAGAUUGAGUCGACCUGUCGGAUGAUGAAGAAAGCCCGAUCGAUUCUUGCAAAACAAACUGAACCAAACCGAUGGGAAUUCAAAGACGUCCGUCUCCAGGAAGCAGUGCUUCCAUUUUUUUAAAAGAAUGACAUCACUACCUGCGUGUAAUCUGAAUGAUUUCAAACUGUUUUUAUUACCAAUGAGCAGAGCCACACACAUUUUUAUUGAAUGACAAAUAAUUAAGACAAUUCACUGACAUUUUUUUUUAUUGACAAUGAAAAUGUGCUUGCUCACCAUCAUUUACAAGUAAUAAAUAAAAAUAAAAAAAUGGG